AUGGCAGAGACGACCGAGAACUUCAACCUCGUCAAGUUGAAUCAGCUCUUUCUCGGCUGUUUCCAAGAAGACGAUGUUAUAGAUUUAGAUUCGUACGUUAAUGCGUACGAUGAACUGAGCAAAUUAUUUGGUCUUCUGGGUAGUAUAUUUGGCUUUGUUGUCGCAGAUGUUGUGGAAAAGAUAGAAAUACUGAGGGACUAUAGAAAAUCUCCUGAGGGAGAGCAUUACAAAUCUGUGCAAAGUAUGAUUAGCUAUGAGGUACAGCAAAAUAUCACAGAUAACAAGAAAAAGGCUUCAGGAGCAAGGACCUUGCUUCGACUUCACCGUGCGAUGGAGUUUACAGCAGAGCUUAUGAGAGAUGUGCGGAAUGCUGAAGAGGGGGCAAAGAUGUCCACCAUAACAAGGAAAGCUUACGAUGGUACAUUGUCUAAACACCACCCUUGGCUUAUACGUAAAGGUGUUCAUGUUGCGAUGUACACACUACCAUCACGGAAACAACUGCUGGAGAAAAUUAUGUUAACUGAUGACCAGUCAAAGGUUGAAGACCUUAUGGAGGCAGCAAAUCUUCAGGGAAAGAUGUAUGAUAUCAUUCAAGAUAUAUACAAGAAAGAAAAUCUUCUCAAUUUACCAUGAUUUAACUCUUAGGAUAUAUGUAUUUUUUAAUUUAUUGCUUUACAAGGAUAUCUACAGUUUUUAAUUUAUUGCUUCACAGGAACACGAUGUUCAUGUUGUUUACAGAAUUUCUCUGCAGUGAGACUAUUAAGAUGCUUAUUAAUUCUAGACUUGAAGAAUAAAUAUUGCAAUGGUCUGAAUAUAGAGUGAAAAUAAAAGUUGGUUUUAUUAAUUUUAAAAAUCAGAGUUGCAGGCCUUUGGAUGUCAUCACCAAUUGAAAUGAAAGUUGUAAUAAUUAAACAAACAUUGUUUACAAUUGAAGAUGAAAUUAUCUUAUGGAAAAGAAGUUUGUGAUUGUGGGUGAGAUGAAUGCUGCAGUAAUACGGGAGAGAUAUUUUCUCUUACCCUGGAUAGGUAAAUCCACCCUUUUUCCCGUUAUGAGAUUUCCUUGUCUCAAGGGUUGAGACAUGCAACCCCCAUUGAGGCAUGCAACACAUGCUCUUUGCACGUUGUGAAAACAUUUGAAGUGACGUCAAUGACAUUAUCCAGAAGUGGAACUACUUUCAUGAGGUCACACAUAUACACUAGUUCAUUUGCUUCUGAAAUCUUGUGUUAUCCUCAAAACUGAAAACCCUGUGUUAUCAAAAUAUUAUUAAAAAUAUAUAUAAAAUAUCAAGAGUAUAGAUUUAUUUGCCAUUUUAUUGGCUUGUGUACUUGAAUUAUACUAGGUGCAAGAUUAAAUCAAAAUCUGUGAAAUGUCUGAGGCACGGGAAUUGUCACUGUUCAUACAGCAUCCACAUGUUUUCGUUUACACACAAUACGCUUCAUCUUGCACUUGGACAAGGCAAACAAGGUAAGAGAAAAAUAACCAUUCACCCGCUUCAGAAUGCAACAGGGGAUCUCAACCCUUGGGGGAAGAUUAUUAAGCUGUAAAACACUUGGUAAGCCUCAUGUUUGACAGCUUGAUGAUCUGCUGCUUGGGUUGACAUCCCCAUAUUUCACCCAUAAAGGAGUGAAAGAUUCUAUUAACCUUGGAUGGGAGAGAGGUAUUAUCAUAAUGAAAACUAUAAAUAUAAUGAAGAAUUGUUGCUAUUGUGUUUGAGAGGAAUGGAGAGAUGACUGUCUUAGAAUAUAGAUAAAGCUCACUAUAUAUCACUCUCUUUGUAAAAAUGUGUUAAACUUUUAAAUUCAGAACAUGACAAGAACAGAUCUGAAAAAAUUGACAAUGUAGAAAAUCAGAAAUAUUUAUUUGUCCCAAAAUAAUGUUAAUUCAUUGUACCGUGUUGUGUAUUGUGCUUUUUUUGUGGAAGUAGUCCUAAAUACUUUCUAAUGUAUCUUUUUUCCCCCUCAAAAAAAUUUAUGCUGAUAAGCUUUAAAAGUAAUACAAUUAUAGUGCUAGGUAUAGUUGUGUUAAUUAGUGCUCUGUUUUAGUGAGGCUGUGAUAUGAAAUAUGGUGUACACCCACAUGUGCAUAAUGAUAUUGCUGUAAAGUUGUUGGAUUAUACAAACAAAUAAACAAGUAUACUGAAAGUAAACCCAAUACGGCUUAUCAUUUCUAUAUCAUAGUCAAGUAGCUUAUAAUUUUGGAAGUAAAAUUUUAUUAGGCAGAUAAAUCACUUAAUUACAUUAAAAAUGUAUUCUCAGAAAUUAUUUAAAAUGUGUCGUUGAAAAUAAAAGUUUAAAGGAAAUUGUGUUUUUGAAAUAAGUUUGCAGGCAGUUGUGUUUUUUAUAUAUACAUAAACAUAUAUCUACAGAUGUUACGGAUGUGUUACUUGGGCUUAUAAAGUUUAUAAAGAGUUAUCUCCACUUUAUCUGAACAUUGGAAUUUCAGAAAUGUGUCUGCAAUCAAUUUAUCCUGUCCAAAUUUCUUUUCAGAAUUAUUCUGGAAAGCAAGUGUACAACAAGGCAGCAUAUGUCCUCAUUCCAGACUGAUUGUUUCUUUUGAGUAGAUGAUAAAUGCUGUACAAAGUGUUAGAAACAGUCAUGAAAGGUCUGCUUUGAAUUAGCAUCAGAUUGUAAUGUCAGUAACAUAUGAUACAAAUGUUGUAAAUAAAUUGAACCAAAGUUUUUGCCUAAUGCACAGGUGUAAGGAACAAUUUCGAACGAUUUGCUUGUCAUUGGAAUGAAUUGAAUGUCUGACAUUAUUAAAGAUUAAAUGAAAUCAUUUAGUGUCUCAAACUUUACUUUAUAUCAAUCUGUGAUACAUUGGGUUUGUGAGUGAUGUUUUUGUGUUAUGUCUACUAUUUUAACUAUAUAAUUGUUUUGUAACCUUUACACGAGACGGGAGACCCACACUUAUUGAUUUUUUUUCAUGUUAAAAUCUAUCAGCUGUGAUAUUUUUGUUAAAUGAGUUCCAAAGUUUUCGUUGUGUUCUGUUGAUACAUAAAUUCUUUUGAUAUACAAAGAAGUAAAAUUUAAAUGAGGUCAGAAAUUAUUGAUUGUGUAUACAUAUCAAUCUAUCAUCACAAAAUCUGCAUGUUCUCUAGGGAAUUAAAGUGACAUCACGGUAAAACAUGUUUUUCCUUACCAAUAUUUAGUUUUUGCAUUUAUAUAUAAAGUGUAUCACCUUCUGAACAAAGGUAGUUGGUUUUUGCUGACAUAUGCACAAAAAGAGGUGAUCUUAUAAUAAUAUAAGGGAAAUCCAGUUUGAAUUUGUAAAUUUUUGUAUCAUACAUGAUAACGCCUGCUCACGAUCACAAAAUGCCAUCACCUGUAAAAUAUGACUUGCCGCCUGAAUCAGUUGGCAAUUAAUGCUAUUUAUUCGUAAUUCUGAAUUGAUUUAGAGUUAUCAAAUAACAUUUGCUACACCCAUGACAAAAUCAGGUGCUAAAAAAAUGGAUUUUACUGUGUCACUGUCGUCACUGUCAUUUCUGCCCACCAUCAUGUGUUUGUGUUUUGAAAAUGAACUGCCUCAUUUUCAAAAUUAUUGCGUGAUGUUAUCAGCACUAAUUAUGUAUAAAUUUGAGAGGGGUUUCCUGAACUUUAAGUGUAAUAAAAAACAUGUACAUAGAGAACAUCUUAUCAGUGUCUUUAAAUAUAAGCUGUAUUUUGGCGAGGGUAAAGGAAGACCUCAGCCAAAAUACAGCUUAUAUUUUAAAACAUUGACCAUGUAAUCUAUUUAUCCCGAUUGAUUAACAUUGAUUGAUAAUCAGACUAUUGAAACUUAAAACAGUUUUGGUGUUCAGUCUUUAUUUACCUGACAUUGAUGUAAUGCUGAAUUUUGCCUGAUUUUUAUUUUUGCAUAGUUCCAAACUUCAUCUGAUAUAACAGCGAUUUUAUAUAUUUUCAUGAAUCAACUUCUUCAUUACAACAUGUAAAAUCACUUAUUUCAACAAGUAUUUAUAACGCUAAACGAAUAUUUAAGUAAAUUCAAAGAGUAAUUCUAUUGAAUUUCUGCAUGUGCUGAAAUACAGCUGUUUUCCCAUCACUGCCGUGUACAGUAAAAUGUAUGUGGCAGGUGUUUUCCGACAAUGGCACUGCCAAUUACAGGAUUAAAUCAAUAACAAAUUGAAUAUCUUUACUGUGAUGUCCCUUUAAUAUGUAAUAUUUUAAAGUAUUUUCAAUGGUGUAAUAUACUUUGGAGAGUUUUUUGUUGGCUGUGCAAGUCAGAAAACAAUUGUGAUGUCAUAAUAUGGACAACAACAUCACAUCAUGAAUUAAAAAAAUUUCACAACAAAUGACUGCCCCUAUUUGAUUUCGUUCUCCAUGUUUUUACUUGAAAACCUGUCAAAUUGUAACAAUCAUGGGACAGAAAGUAUCAUAAAGUUGUUUCUGUUUCGAACCAAAUUUGUAAUUUUUACUUAUAUCACAUAUGAAAUGAAAACACAUUUAAGAUUGUAUAGUUAUUACAUGGUAUUUGAAUAUACUGUUAAGGUUGGGUUUUUUCGGGGUUUUGUUCUGCAGUAUGCUGGGGAAUGGAAUGAAACUGAAAAAAAAAACAAAACAAAAAUUGAAAAAAGAAAACAGUCGUCUGGUUUUACGACUUCUGUGAAAAGUACAUCCCUUUUGUUAACAGCCUUUUGUGAAUGUACAAAAGUUUGAACCAUCAGGGAAAAAAAAUACCUUCACAGUACUUGGAUUUUUUCUUUCUUCAAAUCUUUUCUGUGGGAAGCACUGAAAAUACCACAAAAUAUAUUUUCAUUAUCCUGACUAUGAUACACUGACUGUAUUGAUUUUAUUAAACCUUUUGAACCUUU